AUGUCUUUCCUUCAUGGUGUUUUACAUAACAUUCAUGGUCAUUUAGGCCAGCAUAAAGAGACGUUAAAUAGCGCACUUAACUCACUUAAAGACACAAAUCUUAAUGGUAUUACUAAAUACAGGGCGGCGAUAGCCGCGGUGGCCGGUGGUGUACGUACAUAUAAUGAGAGAGUGGCAGCGUCGAAUGAUGCUGUGAAAAAAGUUAUCACUGAUCUACAUAAAUAUACACAAAGUGAUAGUAAGUUACGUGUUUUUCUUAAUAAUUUGCAGACUGCGCAUAAUCGCAGGGACACGGGAUACCAGUUGGCCAAGGACGAAGUGGACAAGAAACUUCAAGAAUGUCAAGAGCAAGCAAAAAAAUUCACAGAUAGUUUAGACACUAGUAACACUAAAAACAAACUUAAUGACUCAUUUAACGACUUGAAUGAUAGUCUGCGUGUCACACUUAGCCAUGUGCGUAGCACUGUAGAGUACGAAGCGAAGCGGCUUGAGACGGUGAAGGCGGCAAAAGCUGCGGAGUUUAGUGAUACGGAGGAAAAGAUCACGGCGACUUUAAAAUCCAUGAAAAUUAGCGUCGAUUGUAAAAUUGACGCUCAGAUUAGGGAGCUGAUUAGCAAGUUGAGGGAGAGAGUGCAGAAGAUUCUUGAUGAGCUCAGGGGAAUUGACAAAAGGUUCAGGGAGUACUAUAACGCUUUGCAGGAAUGGAUUAUCAAGGCUGAGAAAGUUGUCGACGAGGCGCACGGAGAAGUUAACAGACUCUUGGGGCAUAUUAAUAAUACCAGUACAACGUAUCCCAUGCAGAUAACUUCGAGAGCCGAACAGCUAGAGAGGGAUGUCGAGGGGCUUUAUAAUGCUGGGCAAGCGGCGACGGAGAAAGUGAAAGCGGAAGUUAAAAUAGCGCUUGCGGCUGUAAAAAGUCUGGAGACUGCGGUUAAGUAUGAUUUGCAUACGGUGAGAGGGCAGAUUAAUGAGAAGAUUGGGGAGUACGUUCGGAACACUGUCAGCAAUGUGAUGGAUGCGGCGAAAGAGGCUAAUACUAACUGGUCAGACACUGAUAAUACAAAAUUCCCUGGAAUUACGGAACUUAAGCUUAAGUUAAAAGAGGGCGAAUUAGGAACUUUAGUUAAAGAUUUAAGUGAUACAAGAGAUGCUGCAGGCUAUGCACUUGAAAACUUCUUAGAUUGGUUGAAAAUAACGUAUAAUUUGAAAACUGCCGUACCUGCAGAUACUUCCAAACUCACCAAUGCCCUCGAAACCGAUCUCACGAAGGAGCUUAAUAAUCAGCUGCCAGACGUGAAUGGGCAACAACGUGUAAGACUUGACAACCUUACAGUUUCCUUUGCCAAUGGCAAAGGCAACGGAAAUACAGGUUCAAGACAGGCCCUCGACGACGCCAUCACCAAAAUACAAACUGACGUAACCGGCGCGCUGGGGAGUAUAGAAGGCGUAAAAGAUGGCGCCUUAGCAGAUUUGCGAAAUGUUAAAGAUAAUAUAAGAAAGCUCUGUGAGGUGAUUAAAAAAGAUGCUGGAGACGACAAGGGUGAAGUGGAUGACACCCUUAGAGGACGGCUCAACGAUUUGAAGAAGAGAUAUUUUGAGGUUUAUGAGGAGGAGAAAAAGAAUGGUGAGAAGAGCAUUAAGAAGAUUCAAAAACAAUUCGGUGUCCUCCACAUGGAUCUGGUAAGUAAGCCAAUUAAGGAUGCCGAAGCGUUCAUCACAUUCUGCUCCGAGGCCGAAACAUACUUCACCAAGGAGCUCAAGGAUCAAGUCGACAAGGACGUCCAAAAGGCCAAAACCGAGAUAAUCUGCCACGCGCGCAAGCAGUACGUCGACGCAAUAAAAGACUUGUUAACAAAGUUCGCCGAGAAAGUUCAGAGUGAGUUGCAGCCUUUGCCACAAGAGCUCCGCGACGAUCUGGAACAAGGACACAAGGGUUUUGUCGAUAAGCUUGGAAGGUAUUUCAUUCUGCAAAUAAGAGACUUUUUCCCAACGCGAAUCGUUCCCCCUGAACAGCGAAAAACAUUGAAAGACUUUGCAGACAUCUUGCGUCUCCGCUUUAAUGAUUUCGUGGUUGCAUUGUGUGAUCAAGCAGAUUUCAAGAAAAACGUCAAUGUAUUCUUCGAGCCUUCACGUCAAGCAUUGCACCGUCUGCUUACUGACCUUAUCAGGUCAGAACACUUCGACCGCACUUUCAAUACGAACAUAGAUAAUUUCAAUAAUGUAUUGCAUAACUUCGCACCUAAAAAUUUCUCCGGUCCGUGCAGUCCUCUGCUGGACGCGCUUAAUGCCGGUCUUAACAGGCUGGGCACCGAGCUUAAUAAGGCUUACGUUAGCGCGUAUGACGGUGAGAAGCCUACAGAUGGCUGGGUGACAGAGGUCACUGAAACAUCCAAGUCGUCUGAUGUUGCUUCACCGAAAUACAAGUUUACCGAUGAGGGGGAGAAAUGUGCAAAAGUAUGUGCGACGCUGCUCUCUACUCUAUACACGAAGUUGAGUGACCUGAGGCAAAGAUGUAAGAAUGGUGUCAGAAAUGGUUUCAAUAAAGAUACCAUUAACAAAACUACGCGUCUCGGAAGAUUCUUCGACGGGGAAGGAUUUGUUGUUUCUGACCCCGAUGACCAGAACGGUGAGCUUCAGCACAAAAAAGGUUUCACGGGUCAGAAUAUUUAUGAAAAACUAACCGUCCAACAUACUGACCAAACCCAGAAACAUUAUAAGCUUGUCAGCGACGAGGACGACAAGGAUCCCGUUACCGGUAAGCAAGAGAAGCCGGAUGUCAAGACGACUGCACAAAAGUACAGUGUCCUCAAAGAUUUCGUCGGACAUCUCCAUCAAUAUUUCAGUGUUAACCACUACGCAACUUCAUUCUCCACUAAGCAUCCAUCAUCCAUAAACGAUAUGCUCCAAUGGCUCUCCGGUCUUCCACACAAUCACAUUUUCACCAAACUCCCGCAUCACGUUAAGACAUUGUUCGACAGGCCUAAAGAGCGGGAGCAUGAAGAUUAUUCCGCAUUCCAGCCAAACGAACUUAAACUAGAUGCCACAGUUCCGUUGUCAGCCGAAACAAUAAUCAAGGAAUUGGGAAUGAGCAGUUGGGGAUCCGACUGGCACUGCAAUGCAAAACAGUGUCCCAACCAAAUGGCUCACCAAAAGUGUCCCCAACAGGGUGACCAAAAGUGCAACCAACACCCCAAGUGCGGUUUGAAAUCGCCACUCCAAUCGUUCUUGGAAGAUGGUCUCCAGGGCUUUUUGCCGCAUCCAUAUAAUAAGUCUGAUUGCAAAAUGACCUGCUCCCUUGCUAAUCACAGGGGUAUUGCGUGCAAAACCCCAAUGGGCUUCACAGACAUUAGCCAUGUGGCAUCGAGGAAGAGCACGGCUAAGCGUUUGAAAGAUGUAUUAUCACUGUUUUGCGGUAGAGCAGGCGCACCGCUUACCAAACUGUGUAGCCAGCUAAAUUGUCUUUUGCCUACCGCUCCUAAAACACUAGGAGACAUGUUUGCGUUCUACUAUAGUUUUAUCACAACUUGGGGAGAUAAGGGCAGACAACACAAAAAAGACGCCUUUGAUUUAGCCGUUCAAAAGGCUCACUUCGAACGUCCUUAUGGAGACCUUGAUGUCUAUUCCAUAUUCAAAGGUAGCCACUCAGCAAAAACGGCGGGCCACACAGAUGGUGAUCUCCUCAGCCUUGUAUGCAGCACACAGUCGCCAGGUAAAUGUGGUCUAUAUUUGAGUUCUCUAAGUAACGAUAUCAGUGCCACAUUCUCUGCAAAACACGGUGACAAAUACCUGUCGUGGAUCGUUUACAUGACAGAAACAUUUUACGACUUGCUUAAGAAAUUGUUCGAUGAGUGCAACGGUAGUUGCGGCGGUGACAGGCCUAGAUGCCGUAUCGCAAACUGUCCGCCAACCUGCACUGUUGCCAAGCAGCCAAGUACAUCCAGUCACAGUGACCCCUGCAAAUCCCUUGUCAACUGCAAAACUACGCAUCCCACUUUAUGCAAGUAUGGCUUCACAAUUAACAGCCCACCCAAACUGGGCGGUAAGGAUGACCCAGCACUCAAACGUACGUGCCACGAUUUGUGCACAAUAUUGGAAAAAAUUGUAAAAGAAGGCAGCGUACUCUAUAAUUUAGUACACAAAACAAUUCCGAAAUACUUAUUUGAAAUACGUUCUAAGUUCAUCUGGACAUUGCUAGCCCUCUGGUCGCUGUCGCUCCUCUACCUGCUGCACAUCGCCGUCGUCCGCCUGGACGUCCUGAGGAUACGCUCCCACCUGCGCUCACCCGCAAGCCACCGCGUCGCAGCUCAGUCGCUGCUCGCCGCCGCACGCGUCAAGGCGCUCGCCAACGUCAAGUACUUCUCACCAUAA